GGCAUGUUGCUACUGAUAAUCUCUUUGCAAUUAGUCCAAAGAAAGACUCAUUUACUUUGGAAGAAGAAGAAGAAUAUGCUUUGGUUUCGAUCUUAGUGCCUGGUUCUAGACUUGCCUUUAUUUUGGAGGAGACCAGCGCAGUUGACACAAAGGAGUGUUUGCCAUGUUGCCUAUAUGUAGACCAUGUUGGAUUGCAGCUGACUCCCGUAAGAAGAGAACCUAGCCUGGGACUGCGAUCAGCAACAGUCAGUCUCCGAAACACGGGGUACGUUGUUGGAUGCAAGGACAGCUGUUGGUGGAUGUCCACAGGGCACAGCUACCCCAUGAGUCCUCCUAGUGCUGCUGGCCUGGGCAACCCAGAUGCCUUCCUUGCACCUUUCUGGCCAUGUCUUUAUAACCUGGCUUCACUGGAACUUAGAGAAAAUUUGCUGACAUAUUUACCUGAAUCACUUGCCCAGCUGCAGCGACUAGAAGAACUUGAUUUAGGAAACAAUGAACUUUAUCACUUGCCAGAAACAAUUGGUGCACUUUUCAAUCUUAAAGACCUCUGGUUGGAUGGAAACCAAUUAGCCGAAAUACCUCAGGAAGUAGGAAACCUGAAAAACCUGCUUUGUCUGGAUGUUUCUGAAAAUAAAUUGGAAUGCCUUCCUGAAGAAAUUAGUGGUCUGACUUCUUUAACAGACUUGCUUGUUUCUCAGAAUUUACUUCAGGUCUUACCUGAUGGCAUUGGAAAAUUGAGGAGGCUCUCCAUUUUGAAGGUUGAUCAGAACAAACUUAUUCAACUAACAAAUUCAAUUGGAGACUGCGAAAGCCUUACUGAACUAGUUCUAACAGAAAACCAACUGCAGUCACUGCCGAAGAGCAUUGGAAAACUAAAGAAGCUGAACAAUUUGAAUGCCGAUAGAAACAAAUUAACAUCUUUGCCCAAAGAGAUUGGAGGGUGCUGCAGUCUUAACGUCUUUUCUGUACGUGACAACAGAUUAUCUCGAAUUCCCUCUGAAAUUUCACAAGCCACUGAACUUCAUGUCCUGGAUGUUGCUGGAAACAGGCUGACGUAUCUUCCCCUUUCACUGACUACCUUAAAGCUGAAAGCUUUGUGGUUGUCUGAUAACCAGUCACAACCUUUGCUGACGUUUCAGACUGAUACAGACCCUGAAACAGGAGAAAAGAUUUUAACAUGUGUAUUACUUCCUCAAAUGCCUUCUGAGCCUGGUUGCCAAGAUAACCUACCGCGAUGUGGUGCACUGGAGAGUUUGGUAAAUGAAAUGUCGGAUGAAACAUGGAAUGAGCGGGCAAUGAACAGAGUCAGUGCAAUUCGCUUCUUAGAAGAUGAAAAAGAUGAAGAGGAUAAUGAAAUGAGAACACUUCUAAGGCGAGCCACUCCACACCCUGGAGAAUUAAAGAACAUGAAAAAGACAGUGGAGAAUUUACGGAAUGAUAUGAAUGCUGCUAAAGGACUGGAUUCAAACAAAAACGAGGUCAAUAAUGCCAUUGACAGAGUGACCACUUCUGUGUAGAGUUUCAUCUCCAGGUUUUACCUCCUGUGUCUUCCCCUGCUGUUGAAAUGUUCCUGUCGUCUCCUGGGACCUCACUGAACCCCUUUUUGUUUUAAACCAGAACCUGAUUCAUCAUCUCCAUAUAUGUGAAAAGUGCUGCCCACUGGAAGAAAGUGCCUUAUUUCAUCCAGGCAGUGAACCAAUAAUUUCCAAAUCAAUGUUGUAAUUUUAAUAGUGCUAGGCUUUUUUAAGUAUAACACACUACUGUAUGCAGAAUACAAUAUUUUUGUCUUAAACACAGGGGAAAUAAUGCUUUUCUCUUCCAGAGUGCUGGGGUAUCUUUUUCCCAGUGGUUGGAUGUGCUGGUGAGAAAUAUAGUUUUGUGGAAAAUUGAUACACUUUUUUAUUUUUUUGGCAGCUCAGAUGGUGUAAAUUUUAAAUUUUUGUAUAGGACUUUCAUAACAAAAUGAUGUAUUUCAUUUUUAAGAGAAAAUUUAUCUUAAGCGGUACAUAUUUUAGUAUUUGUGGAAGAGAACAAGUUUCAUGGACGACUGUAUUCAUUCAUUUGUACCACCCAUUGUGCCUUAUUGUGUCUUGUAUGUCAUAUUAGUCUUAAAUAUAGCAAUUCUUGAAGAAAGUGAGUAGAUUUAAACUUGGUCUCCUGUUUUAGAUAUGUUUUUCUUUUCAGACAGUAAUUUGUUGGGAUUUUUGCAGCGGAGAACUUAUGUUUAUAUCAUGGGAUUUUAGGUCGUGAAGCACAAAUGUUAGUUUUGUUGUAAACAGAAUUAAGAUUAAAAUGACCAAACUGCUAUUGUUUAUUACAUGAUGCACUCACACUUUAACUUAGUUGUAGUGAAACAUCUUGUUUUGGAUGCCAUGUUGCAUUGCAGUCACUAGAAAUUCGUGCUUCCGUUGUUUUUUUUUUUUUAAAUGUGCCAUCUGUAAAAUAACUUGAAAAACAGCACAAUAGAUUUUCAGAAGCACAGUUCGAAACUAGUUUUAUGUAUUACACAAGAAAGCAUGAUUCUUUGAAGUGCUUUGGUGGUUUUAUAUAAACAGAUAAAACCAUAAUAAAAAAAAAUCUUUAAAAGCUUCA